CCGCUCUCUCGGAUUUUCGGUCGCAUCUGUUCUUUCUCCCGGUCCAUCCUCCAAUCCACCCCCCCCAUCACCACCGCCAUCGUCGUCGUCUCGCUGCUGGCCCUCCUUAGCCCUCCUCCGACAUACCGCCGCCAUGUCGAUCCAGGGCGAAGCGACCGCCGUCCCUUCCCUGCGCUCUCGUCCUCCCUCGCUGUCACCAAGCGAGGCACCGUCCCGCCCGUCAACUUUAUUUGAGCUCCUUCGGGUCAAAAAUAUCGGAAAGUUCGGAAGUGUGUGCUUCAUCUAUGGGUCCAUCCUCGGCCCAGGUGUCCCGCAAAUCCAAGCGGCCUUCCAGCAGUAUGGCUGGUUCACCACCACGCUCUUCUUCCUGGCCUUUGCCAUCAUCAGCACCCUUGGCUCUCUGUUCAUUGUCGAGGCCAUGCAGUGCAUCCCCGGCAACCGCCACUUCCAAGGCACGAUCGAGUUUGGGACCCUGAUCAACUUUUACUUUGGCCGGCGCUUCUACAUUGUCGGCCAGUUCUUCCUUCACUGCUCGCUUGUUGCUGCUGGCGCUGUCUCCAUCAUCCAGGCUGUACAGACCAUGGAUUCCAUCAUCGUCGAUAUUUUGCGGUACACCUGUGGCAUUGGAAUCGGCGACGGAACCAAGGGCUGGAUCUGCGUUCCUCGCGAAUUCGCCACACAAGCGACCGAUCAGUACUUUCACUAUGGAAACGAAAUCAUGCUCAUGACCGCCGGCGCUUUGGUGAUGAUGCUGAUCAUUAUUCCGCUGACGCGCCAGCAGCUUAACGAGAAUAUCUACGUCCAGAUUGUCUCGUUCAUCGUCACCAUCGCUGUGUUCUCGUUCUGGGUGGGCAUCUCAAUCCAGAAGCUCGUAACCAGCGGUCCCGAGGCGCCCGUGCCCAUGUUUGGCCCAGUUGUCGAUUUUGGUGGCGCUUUUGGUCCCAUCAUGAUGAACUAUGCCUACAUCACCGUGAUUCCGUCGUGGGUCAACUUGAAGGAUCGGCACAUCAACAUUCAGCGCACGCUGUGGGAAUCGUCCAGCAUGGCUUUCUUUACCUAUUUAUUUGUGGGCUUGAUUCCCGCCCUUGCGUUCCACAUCGACGACAACUCAAACCUGUUGCUUGUGCUGAGCUCAAAGAACAACCUCCUUUACCGCAUCGCUGGAUAUGUCUAUGUCCUGCUCGUGCUCAUCGCCUCGAUCCCGGUCUUUAUGAUCGUCAGCCACCACAACCUAGUGCAGAACAAAGCAGUCUCGCCACUGUUUGGAAAGUUUUUGUCCUUCGCGGUGCCCUGGAUCGUUGCCAUCCCGUGCCUGUCGGGGCCUCUGCUGAUCCGCCUCACCGACUGGUCCGGCUUGGUCUUCAUCGUCAUCACGAACAUGAUCAUUCCAUUUCUGAUCUACCUCCGGGCGGUCAAGUUUAGAAGGGUCUACAACCGCACUCGUGAGCUGUCGCCCCAGCAAAAGGAGCUCUUGCGUGAGAUCCACUGGCCCUCAAAGACAAUCCUCAAGUUCCUCGACCGUCUUCCAUCAGAGUCCCCAGAUGGCAUCGCAAGCAUCGGUCGGACUUUUACUUCCUUCAUGAAACGCACGCUCUCCAAAUCCAAAAAUGCGGACGCUCCGAUCGAGCCAACCGAGCCACCCCAGCCACCCAACGCCGAGCAUCCCUCACCCCGAGCUCCGUAUGUUGCCAGGCAGAAUUCCAAGCCGGGAAGGAAAUCAGGGGCCUCGUUUGAGCUCCCACAGAUGCUCAAACUGCCAUCGCUUGGACCCAGCUUUGACCUGUCGCUCCGCCGGCCGCCAAGCUCGCCAGCAUCCCCAGCGCACACCAUGGCGACCAAUCCCGAUGCAAUCAGCCCCUAUAUCGACGACCACUACUACCAGAACUAUCAUAUUCAUCGUCACUGCUCCCCCCAUGACUGUGACGGAGAGUCGGUCAAUAUCGACGAGAUGCUGGACUUGUUUGGCGAUGUGGUUGACCCCGACCGCGACGAUGACGCCAUUCCAGUGCCGGACCUCUCUCCACCCGCGGUGAUCUCCCAACGCUCGCAUCCGGGCUCGAGCACGCUGCCUUCCUCUGCUGCAUUUCACGACGCCAACCACGCCCGGCCCAACUCUUGCGAAUAUUUGCAGGCCGAUAUUCCAGAGAUCCUCAUAUCCCAAGCCGACGACACUGUCGCUAUCACAACUCCGAUCAUCCUUGUCAACGAUGCCGACAAGCCCAUGCUUGCACAGGAAGCCGUUCUGGUCCAUCCCGAUGCGGUAGCUGCGCCCGAGCAUGAACAGCCCCAGUCGGACUUGUCGGUGCCGCUGACCACGCGUACCGAGUCCAAAAAGUCGACAACAUCGAGUCUCGGCAGCGGCUUGCCGGCGCUCCGGUCGCCGUCCCUGCAGACCACCCCAACUCACGGCAUCCAGCCGAGUUCUCCCCUCGGUCUGUCCAAGCGCGCUUCCGAGUCGUCUCUCAAGCCAAGCGAUGCCUACGAGCUGGUGCGUCAAGUCUCGCAGCCCGCCUCGGUGACGGCGCGGCUGUCCAUCGCCAGCGGAUACUCGCUGCGGCCCGGAAGCCUGCCGAUCCAUCCCGAGUACACGACGCCCGUCUUUCGGGUUCUGCCUCGCAAGUUCCCGAUCCCGGGUGUGUAUGUAGCCUACAUAUCCCUCGUUAUCACCCUCACCGUUACCAUCUGGUCGCUGUAUAAUCUGUCUCGCAAUUUGUGAAUCGGGACGACAGGCCCUGCUUGUCGACACUCCAGGCUGCCAUCGAUGCGUCUGUAUCUACUACAACUACCGCCACCACCAUCGCCACCACCCACACCUAUUCCUCCAUCUUCACCCUGUGGAUAUUUUGUACUAUUUUGUUUACCCACCUAGUAUCCAUAUGCCGCGCCUCUCCAAUAAUCAUGUCCCAGGGGUGUUUGGGAUCGGGUCGCUUCGACCUCGCCCUGCAACUCUCCUAAGAAAUAUAAGCACACCCCCAGA